AUGGGUCCCUACCUGCAGGUCGACCCCCUCUCCCCCUACGACAAGGGGAAGGGCUCCAGCCAGCUGCCCCCAAUCAGGGCAGGGAGCCCCGAGGCAGCCCCCGCCCGCAGCAGGCUGGAUGUGCUGAGGGAGCAGUUGCAGCGGCGGUUGCAGAGGGAGAGACAAACCAAGCUGACGGCCGUUUACCGAGAGCAGUGUCACCGGGCGCUGCAGCGACUCCGGGACACCUGCCUGCCCCCGGCUCAGUGCAACUCCCACCUCCCAGAGCCCCCCUGGGCCCAGGGGCAGUGGCCUCGGGCCAGGAGGUGCCCCGGCAUCGACAGGUGCCAGCCCCUGAAGCCCAUCGAGGGGGCAGGCGGACUGUGCCCCGCCGGGGGCCCCUGGGGCCGGCUCCCAUCCCUGGACGUCCCGCUGUGGCCGGGUGUCACGCUCUGCCCCUCCCCACCUAAAGGCCCCAGCGACGGGUCCCGGGGCAGGGGCAGGGAGCCCGCCCCCCCUCAGCACCAGGAUCCCACCGAGCGGCCACACGUGUCCCGGGCGGAGCGGGUCAUCCAGCAGCGGCUGAGGAGGAUCGAGGAGCAGCUGAGGGACAUCCAGAGGCAGCGAGAGGAGGAGGAGGAGGAGGCACAACACGCCCAGAUAGUGAGGGUGGAGAGGUGGAGGAGGUCAGGGAGGGAGAGGUCAGAUUAUGCUGAGAGUCCGGCCAAAGAGAAGCAAGGCCCACGGGACACGGGGGCUGACGGGACGGAGCUCAGAGAGAGCGGUCAGAGUGAGAGUGGGGCUUGGAAUGGACACUACUCCCCCGAGGAGAAGGCUCACUGCUCCUAUUGUGGACGCCGAUUCAUCCUUGACCGGCUCGACACCCACAUGGACAUCUGCAAGAAGGUGCACGAGCGCAAACGGAAAGUCUACGACUCUGCCCAAAAGAGAGCCAAGGGGACGGACCUGGAGAACUACCAAUGCAGCCACAAGGUUCUACCGAUACCGAAAGUCAACUGGAAGAAGAAGCACGAUUGCUUCAUCCGGAUGCUGCACGCCGCACAGCAGGUGGAGCUGGAGAUCUACCGCAGCAGGAAGGUUGCUCAGGCCGCACCCGUGCCAGCCACACACCAGCCUGACUUCGUGCAGUGUCCCCACUGCAGUCGCCGCUUCCAGCCCGCCAUCGCCGAGGCUCACAUCCCCAAGUGCAAGAUCCUGCGCAGCCGGCCCAGCCCUCCCAGGAAGUAGCUCAGACCCAGGGGCUGGGGUCUGGGAGCUGGGGGAUGCACCUCGGCUGAA